AUGGCUGAGCCCAGUGACAACUCUCUGAGAAUGGUUCUGGUAGGGAAGACGGGGAGUGGGAAAAGUGCCACAGCAAACACUAUCCUGGGGCAAAGAAAAUUUGAUUCUAGAAUUGCACCCCAUGCUGUCACUAAGACCUGUCAGAAAGCAUCCCGCAAGUGGAAGGAGAGAGAACUCCUGAUUGUUGACACCCCAGGGCUCUUUGACACCAAGGUCAAGCUGGAAACCACCUGCAUUGAAAUCAGCAAGUGUGUUCUCAAGUCCUGCCCUGGGCCUCACGCCAUCAUCCUGGUACUGCAGCUGGGUCGCUACACGGAGGAAGAGCAAGAAACUGUCAUUAGGAUCAAGGCUAUCUUUGGGGAGGCAGCCAUGAAGUACAUGGUUGUCUUGUUCACCCGCAAAGAUGAGCUGGAGGACCAGAGCCUAAAGGACUUCCUAGAAAGUUCAGAUGCAAACCUAAAAAGCAUCAUCAAGGAGUGUGGCAACCGCUGCCUGGCCAUCAACAACAAAGCAGGGAAGGCUGAGCAGGAAACGCAGGUGCAGGAGCUGGUGGAGCUGGUCGAAGCCAUGGUGCAGAGCAAUGGCGGCGUCUACUUCUCUGAUGCCAUCUACAAGGAUGCAGAGCAAAGGCUGGAGAGCCAAGUAGCGCUCCUGAGGCUACUUUACACUGAGCAAAAACGGAAUGAAGUUAGAAUAGUAGAGGAAGAGUGCGCUCUUGGGAAACUCAGUGCUCAGGAAAAAGAGGAAAUGGUACAGGCAAUUAGGGAAAAAUACGACCAAAAGAUAAGACAAGAAGCAGAGAAUAGCAUACUCAGCCAGAUUGUUGAAGGAAUUAAGAAAAUUCUUUUGAAAGUGUGGCAUAUUUUUCGUAAGUAGUCUGUGUAUUUUUUCAUCCAUUCUAAGCAUUUCUUCAUCUCUCUCCCUCCCAUCCUCCCUGCUGUCCCAUUUCUUCAGCCACCAACAAACUUCUGAGAUAGCAGAACCAGGAAUUCACUGAGCCAGAGUGAAGACUCAGUGUCAGGCUCCCAGACUGGAUUGCACACUCUGCACUCAGCUCCCUAUGCCUGCCCUGCCUUCCCCACUCUGAUGGACUGAAAUGCCUCUGUAGCCAUGGCCCAAAAUCCACACUGCUCCCUAUGCCAGCCUGCCCUGUCUUCCCCACUCUGAUGGACUGAAA